ACGUUCAUAACCCCCCAAGCUGCUAUCCCCGGCUGCCCUGCUCCAAUUCUCCUUGUUCCUCCCUCCUUCGCUCCCAUUUCCUUUUCCCAUCCCCUGGGGGGGGAGACGCUCGGGUCCCUCCCUACAAUGGGCAGGGCCGCUCUCAGUUUCCUGCAGCCGAUACAUUGGAGCACAGGGAUUCCAGCCGCGGAAAAUACCAAGCACCGGAGAGGGGAGCCUGCGGGGAGGCGCUGACCCUUCCCCACUGCAGACACAAGCGGAUCCCCCUGUAUUGUUCGGCGGUUCGGUGCGAGUGGAAGGCAGCGCCCUGGCUCAGAAGGGGAUCCCCUCCUCUCCCCUGAGGAUGUCUCGGAAGGUGCAGAGAGGCGAGGUGUGUGCAGACUGCAGCGCUCCAGAUCCUGGGUGGGCCUCUAUAAAUCGUGGCGUUCUGAUCUGUGAUGAGUGUUGUAGUGUGCACCGAAGCUUGGGGAGACAUAUCUCCAUUGUGAAACAUCUCCGGCACAGUACAUGGCCAUCGUCUCUCUUGCAGAUGGUGCACACUUUGGCCAGUAAUGGUGCCAACUCCAUUUGGGAGCACUCACUUCUGGAUCCAGCCCAGGUACAGAGCGGUCGACGUAAAGCCAACCCCCAGGACAAAUUACACCCCACAAAGUCCGAGUUCAUUCGUGCCAAGUAUCAGAUGCUAGCGUUUGUACAUAAGCUACCAUGUCGGGAUGACGAUGGCGUGACGGCUAAAGAUCUGAGCAAGCAACUUCACUCCAGCGUGAGGACUGGGAACCUGGAAACCUGCUUGCGGCUGCUAUCUCUCGGGGCUCAGGCCAAUUUCUUCCACCCGGACAAAGGAACCACCCCAUUGCAUGUUGCAGCCAAGGCUGGACAAAUCCUUCAGGCAGAGCUGUUAGUGGUCUAUGGAGCAGAUCCUGGGGCACCGGAUGUGAAUGGCAGGACACCCAUUGAUUAUGGCAGGCAGGCUGGUCAUCAUGAUCUGGCAGACCGAUUGGUGGAGUGUCAGUAUGAACUGACGGAUAGGUUGGCCUUUUACCUUUGUGGACGCAAACCAGAUCAUAAAAAUGGUCAUUACAUUAUCCCCCAGAUGGCUGACAGAACCCGGCCUCGAGGUGCGCCUCAGAGUUUGGACCUGUCGGAGCUUGCAAAAGCAGCAAAGAAAAAGCUACAAGCACUCAGUAACCGGCUGUUUGAGGAGCUCGCUAUGGAUGUCUAUGAUGAAGUUGACAGAAGAGAAAAUGAUGCAGUUUGGCUGACCACACAGAACCACAGCACUUUGGUCACGGAACGCAGUGCUGUCCCCUUUCUUCCAGUUAACCCUGAGUAUUCAGCCACAAGGAAUCAGGGGCGCCAAAAGCUGGCACGAUUCAAUGCACGGGAAUUUGCUACUCUGAUCAUAGACAUCCUAAGCGAGGCCAAGAGGCGACAGCAAGGAAAGACCCCCGUAAUCCCCACAGACAAUCUAGACUACUCAUUCCGGAAUGCGAAUGACUGCGAUGACCAGCAUGACUAUGAUAGUGUAGCAUCAGAUGAAGACACCGACCAGGAGGUGCUCAGGAACUCCAGAAACAACAGAGCAAGGAGUAUGGACUCCUCAGACCUGUCAGACGGCCCCAUCACGCUCCAAGAGUACUUAGAAGUUAAAAAAGCACUUGCGACAUCAGACGCCAAAGUGCAGCAACUGAUGAAGGUGAAUAACAAUCUGAGUGAGGAGCUGCGUCGGCUGCAGAGGGAGAUCCAAAAGCUACAAUCAGAGAACACACAAAUUAGACAUCAGACAGGUCCUUCACCUCCACCACCUGCAAACCCUGACCGGACUGAACACCCCGUGUCCGCUGCCCACCAACGGGUCCGCCAGGCGUUUUCUAUGUAUGAGCCGGGCUCUGCACUCAAGCCUUUUGGGCAGUCCACAGAUGAACUAAGUAACAGACUGCAGCCUUUUCACUCUGGGAUCCGGAAAGGCAUUUCUGCCUCUUCUGUGCCCUUUCCCCCCUUGUCUUCCCCUCUGUUCUCUGGACCCCCGGACACUGGCCGGAACAUGCCUACAAAACCGGAGCGGCAUGGCAGCGGCACAGACAGUGACUAUGAUAAUACGCAGAGCACAGAAACCAGCAGCGGGCUCGAUGGCAGGCGGUACCUGGAUGUGUCCCGGGAUGAGGAUCCCCACACGGAGGCUGAAGAUGUGGAACUGGAGUUAGACCCUGCCCUGCCCAGCACAGAGGAUGUGAUCCUUCGAACAGAGCAAGUUACCAAAAACAUCCAGGAGCUGCUGCGGGCUGCACAGGAGUUCAAGCACGACAGCUUUGUCCCUUGCUCGGAAAAGAUUCACUCAGCAGUAACGGAGAUGGCAUCUCUCUUCCCCAAGAAACCUGCCCUGGAGACAGUGCGAUCAUCACUGCGGCUACUGAACGCUAGCGCCUACCGACUGCAAAGUGAGUGCCGCAAAACCAUCCCGCCAGAACCUGGGGCCUCUGUGGACUUCCAACUUCUGACACAGCAGGUCAUCCAGUGCGCUUAUGACAUCGCAAAAGCUGCCAAACAGCUGGUCACCAUCACCACCCGCGAGAAGAAGCAGUGACCACUCCAGCAGCCAACUGGCAUUUCCAUUUCCAAACUGUCAAUUUGCAAUCAAUUUUGCUAUCCUUUCAUAUUUCACACAUGACUCCGAGGGGCGGGCACAGCCCGUCACCCCUCUAACCCUAGGAAUUGGCUUCCUACAUUCCACAAUAGCUGGAUGAAAUGUGCAGCCCCAUAACCCCCCUGUAUAUGUGCAAUACUGACCUUGCUCUGUACCAUCCUACUGUCUGUACUCUCUGGUUGGACGUUCCUAACAAACGCUAAACGCUGAAGGAAUAUAAUGAUUGCAAUAUAAGUACAGUCCUGUGUGUUCUCCUAUUGUAAAGAUUUGGGCCUGGGUGAAAUUCUCUCCCCAUCACUAUCAUCAUAUGUAGCAGAACAGAGUAUACAGUACAAGUGGUUCUCACAGUACAGGUGGAUCAGGUUCCAUAAUGUACUUGUGUGCAACUGCAGCUAGAAUAUGUCACCCCAAGCCCCACAGAGCUGUAACCAGCGCCUUUUAUUUAAGUUUAAAGGUGCAAUCAUAGAGUUCCAGAAUAGCACAAUUUCCUUUUAUAGUCUUUCAUAUUUCCUUGUUCUGAUAGUGGUUUGAAGAGACUAAUAUGUAAUCUGUGCUGUAGGAUAUGACGCGUGUGAUUGAAGCUGUGUUGUGGGGCUGCAUAUUUUGGCACCCUUUAGCUGUGACCAGGCAGCACCCUGAGGCAGGAGGCAUCAUGACUAUGUACUAUGCAGCAAAUAGACAGCAGCUAAAGGUGCACAUUGUAUGUUCCCCAGUCUGUUUGCUCUAGAGCAGGGCCCAUGCAUAGCCUGUGUCAGGCAGCCAAUCACAUACACUUCCCUGGCACCAAGCAGGGGGCAGCACUCAUCCAUAGGUGGCAGUUACAUGCGCCAUGCUGCAAACACUAGGCAAAGCACAAGACUCAUGCUGAGCCGGACAUGCAUUCGCUCCAGCACUAGAGCAGCCAGUCCUUACCAUGCAGUGCCGCAGAUUGUUAUUAAUGUGAUCAAGGCCAAUGCUAAACAUACACUGGAAUCAAUGCGUGUGUAUAUAUAUGAAUAUAUACAUAUAAUAUUUACUAAGCAUUUUUUAUGUGAACAGUAGGGGGAUUGAUGUUGGACGACUGUUAAAUAAUUGAUAUGAUAACCACUUUAAUGUUUUACUCUAAAGAGUAGCACAACGGCAAUGCUCAGAGUGGCCAGAAAUAUAACUUGAUGUUUGCACUGACUUCUUAGGCACCCUGUGGCAGACAGGCCCCUACCCUAACCCUGCCUCCUCCCCGGAUGUCUAUGUAUCAAAAUCAUGUAUAUUAUAUAUAUAUAUAUAUAUAUAUAUAUAUAUAUUGCCUGCUGACGUGAAGUACAAUGUAAGGCUCAGUAUCCCACUGGCAGUGCUGCUCCAAUGGAUUUUAUGCUUGCCGUAUCCUUGGGGCCUGCACUUAGUGUGGGAGUCGCAACAUUUUACCUAUUGCCGUAAGUAAUGUUACCAGUGUCUGCCAUAGAUACAGCCGCUGGCAGAGACCUUACACUUCUAUUGGGUAGAAUCCACACACCAACUGAAUUUUUUUUUUUUUAAAUUAAUUUUAAACCCCCACAAGCUGACCAAUUAUUACCCUGGAAAUGACUCAUAUAAUUUGUAUCCUGAAUUUCACAUUCAGAUGAAAAAUUAUCCACUUUCAUUAGUAGAUUGGCUUUGUAGGAAUGCUUGCCUUUGCCAAAACAAGGGAUGCCAACCUGUGGCUUUUUCGCUGUAAUGGAUUGCAGCUCUUGGCAGCCAUAUUUGAUACUGGCAGAGGGCACAGGUUGCACAGUCCCGGUAUAAUGCCUUAUGGAAAUCUCUUUACACAGAAGAUGGAAAUACAUAAAAACAAAGCAGCUGUGGCGAGAUAUAGACCCUGCUGCUGCCAAGUAGAAGUCACUUAUAUUUUUGGAGAUCGUUAUGUUUUUGUAAGAAGGGGGCAAAAUAAAAAGCUAGAUUAAAUGGAAUAAGAGUGUAGAUUCCUCAAUUCUCUGUUUCUGUGUGUCACUUUCUGUGCCAAAAAACAUGCAAGCAGAUGCCCUUUUUUUUUAUUAUGGCAAGGACUAGUAACGUUGUCUUUUAUUCUAUGUUAGUGGCCAAAAGUCUAUUGCUCUUUACAGCAAAUGCCCCUUUGCAUUCUUUGGAAAGCCGUAAGGAGCUAAAUGGACUGUAAAGGACAGAAAAAGGACCUCAUACAUGAAGCCAUCUUUUCAUAUUGGCUAGAUCUUUCCGGAAUAAUGUUGCUGUUGGGUUAGCGCCGUAAGGUUAGACUAAAGGUAGUUUGGGCAUUGAAUGUGAGCAGCGGUCCUGCUGUUCCAUCCGCGCGUAUCUGCAAGCUUUGUUCUUACACAGUAGGCAAAAUGAUUGUACUUCUUACAAGAUGCUCCCAGAAGCCACUACAUGAGAGGGACCCGCUGCCACCCACUGAUCUUGCUGGGGAUUUGUAUUUUAAAAAACCUGCUGCUCAGAAUCUCUCAGCUCCCCCCUUGCCGUACUUGUUCAUACAGAUUAGUGCAAAAUGGCCGACCUUCUCCAUCCUGUUAUUUGUGAGAGCUUGGUGGUGGGUGUAAUGUAUAAAAUUGCUCAUAUUGUACAUUUGUAUCAAAUUAAACAACUAACAAUGGAA